GACCUCGCACCGCAACUGUGCUAGACCUACUUAUCUUUCCUUUUCAAUUUUAAAAUUUGAAAACAGCCGCAAACAUCAAACUCAUCGCCCUUCCUUCCUCCCUCCCGGCGCCUCUGCCCUGAUACGCACGCACACUCUCUCUCUCUUUCCCUCACACACACUCUCUCUCUCUUUCUCUCUGGUUCUUUAUCAGUCCGGAGGGUUAGGUUUGCGAGCGAGAAUCUGUAAAACCCUUCCUCCCUCUCUCUCUCUCUGGUUUAUAUUAGUCGCGGAGAUGCUGGAGAAACAAAAUUCUGGGCCAUUAGCAGUUGGAUCAGGUUUUGAAAAGAAUGUCGACAAUAUGGGAGAAUUGGAUUCUAUAUGCAAUUCAAAGACAAUCACACAAGACGAUCCUGAUUCCUUAAAAAAUGAAGAAAAAGCUUCUGGCUGUUUCUCCAUCAAGGAAGGCAAUGAAACAAAUAUUUCACCAAUGGUUAUACAGAAUAGUGGCAGCCAUCAUAAAGGAAACUGUAUUCAGCCUGAUUCUCAAGAUUCCACUGUGGAUGUCUCUGUUAGAGAAGAGAUAAAACUGCAAGAAGUAGAACAUGGGGAAAAUGCUCUUUCGCUUUUGGGAGUUGCAUCUUGCCCAAGUCCAUAUCAUGUUAAGAAACCUAAGGUUGAUGAAAACAAAGACUAUGCGGGUUCUCUUUCUGCAGAAUCAGAACUUGAAAGGCUCAAGAGUGAAGCAUGCUCGAGAGGAGAAUCAGUGGAAAGUACAGAAAAACACUUCAAAUCUUUGAAUGCAGUCAACGUUGAUCUGACUCUGGGGCUGCCCGUCACUUUUCAGGAUCAUAUGGCUGGCAAGGUUUUCACGGUCAAUGGGAGUUUACAGGAAGAGAUCGGUUCCAUGAGAAAGCAAAAUCAUUUAGAGUGUGGCAAAAGUUCAUACAGUGUUAGAAGGAAGAAGGUCUUAGAUACAGAUAGCAGAGAUUCUGAAUGCGGAAGCUGUACAGGCCCAUCAGAUGACACUGAUUCCUGGAGAGUGUGGAAAGCUAUGAAACAGAAUGGAUUUCUUUCGUCUCAACUUCAUGCACCGUUACGUAAAAGAGUACUUGUAUCAAAUUUGAUGCCAUCUAAGAGGCUAAAAAAUGACCUGUUAAAGAAAAAUAUUGAACUUGCAAAAAAAGAACAGGUUGAUAAAUUUAAAAGGAUGGCAGCACCAAGUGGCUUACUGACAGGACUAAAUCCUGGAAUCAUUAAUCAUGUGAGAAACAGCAAACAGGUCCAGUCCAUUAUUGAGGCUCUGGUCAAAUCUGAGAAGCUUGAUAGUUCAAAUUCUCAAAAGACAGUGUCAAAUGAAGUGGCGGAAGGAAAUAAAAAAAUUAAUGGAAGCAAAAGGGACUCUGAAGGAACUGUUGGUCCAAAUGCUAAUUGUCUGUGUUUAAAUGGAAAUUCAGCUGCUUUGGUUGGUUCUGAUGAUCAUAUACCUGUAGACUUCCUCAAACAGGUACGGUCAAAGUAUAUUGUAGCCAUUUCUACAUGCUCAGGGUCAGAGCAUGAAAGAUCCACUGAGCAAGAAGAAUUAAAUAAGACACCUGGAACUGAAGCCUUUGUUGGUUCACAGUUCAACUUUCAACUUGAGAGCAUGCUCUCAUCUAUGCUCAGAAAGGGGCAAACGACUCUUGAGAGGACAAGUUACCUACCAAAUGAGGAGCUCUCGACAAAUCAUGGGAGAAUAACCGAUCUUUCUGUAAAAGCUGCUUUUGUAGCUCAUGAAUGGCUGGAACUACUUAGACAGGACAUCAAUGGUCGACUUUCAGCAUUGCGGCGUAGUAAGAAACGUAUCCAAACCAUGAUGCAAAAUGAGCUGCCUUCUAUUAUGUCAGAAGAUUUCUUGUCAAGCCAAGAGAAUGAUUCACAUGGUGAACGAAACUCCAGCACUAGAAAUGAAAACAACUGGUUGCCACAAAAUCAUCUUGUGAAAUGGCGAUCUCUUUUUGUUCAGAUGGAGAAUGCACUACAACAAGAGGGAAAGUACCUUGAGAACUGGCUGAGACAAGUCAAACAGAUGCAAGCACAUUGUGAACGUGGCUUGCAUGGAAUUAACAUGGAAAGGACAGAGUUACCAGGAAAUAGCUCCAGAUCCAAGAAAGAUGAAACAGUAGAAGGGGAAUUUGCUGUUAGAGCUGCAGCAGCUUCAAUAUACUCAACUUGCAAUUUUGCAAUGUCAUCUGAGAAUAUUCCAUGCUUCUAACUUAAUCUCCAUGUUUCUUGUGUGUAUUUGAUAUUGUCAAUUGCUUAUUUAACUCGAUCUCUAAUUAUUUGAUGGUUUGGGCUGUAAUGAUGGUGGGUUUUCUUCUGUUUUCUCAUGAGUUAUGGAAAGUUACGUCAUGGGAUAUAUUGUAUUGAGACGGCAAAUCAUCAAUAAACCGACUGAUGUCUGUAUUUCUUUUUGCUAAA